UUUUAAACAAUGAUAGAGAUUAGAACAAAAGAGCUUUUCUAGUACUACUUUUAAACCAAUUAGUAUAUCUCUUUCUCUCGCAUGAAUUUCUUUUAUUGGCACUGUUUUUAUCAUUUGAUAUAUUUAUUUACCUUGGUGUUAUAUAAAAUGGAACGGAUAGUUUUUUUUUCUUAGAAAAUCAUUUCUAUUAUAGAAUUUUUGAAUUUAUUGAUAAACUCGAGUUUUUUGGUCAAAUCUUAAAAAACAAGAAUAAUGCAACAGCCACGACAACCGCGUUUACCAAAAGAAUUGGUAAUUUUAAUUCUUAAAGACCUGGUUAAUGUAAAAGGUUCAAGCUUUAAACAUAUUAAUUCUCUUAGAAGAGUAUGUAAAGAUUGGAACGUAAUAAUUACAGAAAUUUUAAUUAAACCGACUCAAUAUAUUUUAGAGAAUAAACUACUAAUUGAAUAUGAUUGUAAUAGUCUUUCGAUAAGAGGCGCACCAAUAACUUACGACCCUCCAAAGUCCACUUUUACUAUACGCAUAGAUAAUGAAAAUAUUGAUAAGCUCAAGCUAGAUAUUUCAGAUAUUCCACGUUCUCAAGAUAUAAAUAAAGAAGGAUCGAUACGUGUUAGGUUUCAUUACGAGAAUGGUUCACAUUUAAUAUUAUUUGAUUUUGGUACUUUAUUUAUUCGCAGAGAAGGAAAUGAUAUUCAUUCUGAAGUUCAUUGGAAUUUUGAUGAUUGUUCAUGCAAAUAUCAAAGGGAUAAUAAUUUUCCAGAUUCUUAUGCCAUUCAAAUUAGAGAAAUGUCUAUUUCUUUAAGAAAGGUUGGUGUAUUGUUGGAUUUAUUAAACGGGAAUGUGAAAGAAAACCAUAAACACAUAAUACAACAAUCUGUAUAUGGUGAAUAUAGCAAUAGAGAUUUCUAAUAAUAAUCAAAUUUUUUUACUUAAAUAAUAUUUAUAUUCUCUACUAUUAUACAGUAUCAUGUAAAUUAAUUAAUAUAUAAAUAAAAUAUAAAGUUAUACAUUUUUUAGAUUUCAUAAAAA